GAAUGUUGCCUGAUAAGAAGCAGGAACUGGUUAGAUGGAAACAAGACUGGGAAUAAAAUCAUCUCUCACAUUAAAUCACUUACUGGCUUACUGACUACAUCGUCUGACUGAAGCAGCUGACAUGAAACUGACAACUCCGCUACUUGGAGUACUACCACUAGUACUACCACUAGUACUACCACUAGUACUACCACUUCUGCUGUCUGUGGCCGUCCAGCAGAGCAGCGGCCGACUGGUCUCCAGAUGUGAGCUGAGGGACAAACUGAGGGAGAAGAUCGUCCUCUCAGACCAGACCACAAACCUCACCCAAAAAGUCUUGACCUUACUUGUGUGUCACUUGGAGAAGACGUCCCAGAUGAACACCAGCGCCGUGACCAUAUUUGGCGAGCGCAUCAGCACGCCACGGGACGAGCAAGCUCUCCCGGUGACCUCCGACCCCACGGUUCCCGCCUUCACCAAAGUGACUUCAAGUGCGUCCGACACCAGCGACACAAACAUCGAGUGGAGUGACGACACAAACGUUGAAUGGGGCGACGACACAAACGUUCAGUGGGGCGACGACACAAACGUCGCUGAGGGAAUUUCUGGCGAGGAGGACGAGGACACGCUGGCGUCCGAGAGUCACGCGAAAGUCAACUUGUGGCUGCUGAUGGAGACUCUGAACGAGGAAGAGAGCAAGUUCGACGAAGAAGAGCUGGAGAGCGCCGACGACAAGCUGAGCGAAGACGGCGGCGACAACGGCGUCCCGUGGUCGCUGGGCUAUCACGGCCUCUUCCAGCUGUCAGACAGCUUCUUCUGCCAGUCCGACGCCCGCUGGAGUCAGAACGUCUGCAACACCACCUGCGGCGCCUUCACUGAUGAUGACAUCACCGACGACCUGGAGUGCUUCGUCAAGAGUCUUUACUGGCUGUACGUGCUGAGGACGUCCUCCUACGACUGCUUGCAGGCCACCGGCUUCUUUCCACAAUGCGACUAGUUCGGGUGCCUAAUGAAGC